AUGUCCAAUGCACUCUUUAAGGGCGAACGAUUGAGUCAUGCAGUUGGCUGUGCGUUUGCGGUCUGUUUAGAACGUAAGAAGAAACGAGAUGCAGAAGCGGUGUUGGCUGUCCAAGCGGCCGCUGGUUUAAUACCACCAUCUCAGUGCUCCGAUAAGAGCAGUAACGCUCCGGCAACCACCUCAGCUGGUUUCACCCUCUCCAAUAAUAUCAAAAGUACAACAACCGCAUCAAAUAUGACAUCAAAUACCAGUGCGAUUUCAUCGAACAAGUAA